CUGCCUCUGCACCAGGACCCUCACUGGGUUCUAUCUGUAUUCUAUUCCUCCUUCUGACUUUCACUUUACUCAUCUACAAUUUUAAGAAAGCUGGUGCGGUGGUUCAAAGUCCCUUUCUGAAGAAAACUUCUCAAACCUGAAGUCUGAACUCAAGUGAAGACCUUUGCUGAAACUUUAGAGAUUGCCCAGCAGAAAGUUAGCUUUUGUUUGUUUGUUGAGGAGACAAGGUGUCGCUAUAUAGACUGAGCUGGCUGUGAAGUCAGAAGAUCCACCUGCCUCUGCUUUCCUGGGUGCUUAUUUAAGUAUUUUUUGUUAUAAGCUCUCUAAGUUGAACAGAUACUAUCUGGCAAAAGGAUUGUAGAACUAGAUUUUCAAACAAAAUGCUUGAAGGUGUGGCCAGGAGAUAAGGAUGGAAUUCUGGGACAGACUCCUCUUUACCCAUCAGCAGCGCUGGAAGAGUCCAGCAGCAGCAGAGGAUUAGGAGAGACUACCAAGAAGCAGUGCUCUCUCCUAACUGGGAGAAGGCUCAGGGAGCAAAGCGCCUGGCCAGCCUGACAGCUGAGUUUGAGGUCAACACCAUGGUUCAACUUCAAGUCUUCAUUUCAGGCCUCCUGCUGCUUCUCCCAGGUGCUGUGGCUUCUUAUACGGUAGUGCAGGGUCACUCUGUCACACUUCCGUGUAUCUAUUCAACAACAUACCGUGAUGAAAUGGUUCCCACAUGUUGGGGUCGAGGGGAAUGCCGCUCUUCUUAUUGUACAAGGUCACUUAUCUGGACCAAUGGUUAUAAGGUCACAUAUCAGAGGAGCAAUCGAUACCAGCUAAAGGGGAAUAUUUCAGAAGGAAAUGUGUCCUUGACCAUAGAGAACACUGUUGUGAGUGACAGCGGUCCUUACUGUUGUAUAGCAGAGAUACCUGGAGCAUUCUAUUUUGUCGACUAUCUGUUGGAGGUUAAAGCAGAACUUCCAACAAGUCCCCCAACAAGACCCACCAAUACAGGAAGACCAACAACUACAAGACCCACAAAUACAGGAAGACCAACAACUACAAGACCCACAAAUACAGGAAGACCCACAACUACAGAAAGACCCACAACUACAGGAAGACCCACAACUACAGAAAGACCCACAACUACAGGAAGACCCACAACUAUUUCAACAAGAUCCACACAUGUACCAACAUCAACCAGAGUCUCUACCUCUACUCCUCCAACACCAGAACAAACACAGACUCACAGAUCAGAAGCCACUACAUAUUAUCCAGAUCAGACAACAGCUGAGGUGACAGAAGCCCCAUCCCAUACUCCUACAGACUGGAAUAACACUGCAACAUCCUCAGAUGACUCUUGGAAUAGUGACACUGAAGCAAUCCCUCCACAGAAGCUGCAGAGAAACCCGACUAAGGGCUUCUAUGUUGGCAUGUCCUUUGCAGCCCUGCUGCUGCUGCUGCUUGCGAGCACCGUGGCUAUCACCAGGUACAUGGUAAUGAGAAAGAAUUCUGGUUCUCUGAGGUUUGUUGCCUUCCCAGUCUCUAAGAUCGGAGCUUCCCAAAAUAAGGUGGUGGAGCAGGCCAGAAUUGAAGACGAGGUCUACAUUAUUGAAGACAGUCCUUACUUUGAAGAAGAGUCCUAGUGGCCCACUGAGGUGCCUUCUUUCUGAGAUUAAAGAAAUUGUCGGGGGCUGGAGAGAUGGCUCAGAGGUUAAAAGCACUGUCUGCUCUUCCAGAGGUCCUGAGUUCAAUUCCCAGCAACCACAUGGUGGCUCACAACCAUAUAUAAUCAGGUCUGGUGCCCUCUUCUGGCCUGCAGGUGCAUACAUGCAGGCCGAAAGCUGUAUGACAUAUACAUAAUAAAUAAAUGUUUAAAAAAUUAUUUAAAAAAGAAA